GGCGAUUUGCAGUGCCCGGCAGACGUCCCGACAGCCGCACCGACUCCCCUCUGUCUGCCUCGUAAGAAACGACGUCACUGGAAAGAGGCGAACUCUUGUGUGCAGAUCUCUGUCGGUGUCGGGAUCUUGUGGCUGCGGUUGUGUUUGUUCAGCUCACGAAGUGCUUUGCAGUUGAGUACAGAUGGCAACGCCACGGCAGCAACCCCUCUGCACCUUCUCCCAGGGCCUCCUCCUGCUCUUUGUCAUUGCCCUUCUUACACUCAGCCACGCACAGCCGCUGACACUCAGCGAGACCCCCGAGGGCGACGCCCUCGCCCUCUUCUACGGCAAAUCCUCUCUCGGCAUCGACGACGACCGAUCUGACGACGUGGCCUCUUGGACAGUCAAGGCCGCCGAGGCCGACGACACACAGCAGGCGGCCACAUCUGCAAAUGCUGCCAUUGGGUCGCUGCAGUUCGAGUCCAUCAACUGGCACCCGCAGAAGGCCGACAUCCACAUGACGGUCCUGCCGUCGUGGAGCCAGUACGACCCUGAGGCUGGGUGCUUUGUGUACCGCGUCGAGGCGCUCGACGAUCAAGGCGGGGUCAUCAAGGAGUCCAACGUGGUGCGGUCGAGGGCGUGUUCGGGCGGCGAUGGGACUAUCGACGGUGCGCGGGCGCACGAGCUGCUGCUGACUGCUGCGGGGGAGGAGGACGACUAUGUGCUGCCGAUGGGAGGAGCCGAUGAUCUGGACGCCUAUGGGUCUGAUGAUGCAGAUCUGGAGGGUGGUAGUGAUGUGACUGUGGCGCCAGAAAGCGCGUCGAGCAAUAACAACGAGGCCUGGGUUGACGAGGAGCAGGUGCAGUCGCUCAGGAGGCGGUGGGAGGAGCACACAGAGGUGGAGGUGGUGGCCGAGAAGGAGAGGACCACGGCGCCGGCAGCGGAACACACUGAAGAUGCUGACAGUGACAGUGAGAGUGGUCAGGAUGAUGGUCAUGAGAAGAAAGAUACAAGAGACGCCAGCAGGAAGAUCUUUCCCGACUGCAGCCCUGCGGAGCCUUUUUGUGGCAGAGUGCGAGUGCUGUAGGGCCGAUAGGUGAGGUGGAUCGGCGGCCUUUUUCCGCCCCCUCUCUGCUCGAUAGAUACUUGUUCUCGUCUGUCUGUCUGUUGGUUGGUUGGAAGUGUGUGUCUCUGUGUGUGGUGUGGGUCUGUAACUAAACUAGGUGUCUGCAGAGAGAGACGGGAGUGGAGUGCGCUCUGUGCUGCUGGGGCGGACAGACAGAACAGACAGCCAUAUUUGUGAGGUGUAAUUGACUGAUGGUGUAAUUGACAAGAAAGUGGUGCUGGUUGUGAUUUAAACAGACGUGCUUGACGUGACGUGAUGGAAUGGAAUGGAAUGGACGCAAUGGAUGCGAAGAAAGCUGUGCAGAUGAGUGGCGUGAUUGGUUGGUUGGUUGCACAGGAUUGGUGUGCACAUCAUGGCCUCAUGGUGAGUGUGUGUGUGCGCGUGUGUGUGGUUGUUAUGUGGUUGUGUGCCCUGUUCUGUAGUGUGUGUGGAGAGAGAGAGAUGUCUUUCGUUUGUACCGCGUAUAUGUAUAUAAUAUGUGUGUGUGUGUGAGAUAGUCACGUGUGUGUGGAUAAAUGCCUGUGUGUGUGUGUGUGGAGAGAGAGUCUCUAGGUGCC